AUGCUGAGUGAGAUGUCGGAGGCGAAGCUGAAGCCCAACGUCAUCAGCUACUCCUCUGGGAUUUGCGCGUGUGAAAAAGGUGAGCAGUGGCAGCAGGCUCUGGCGCUGCUGAACGAGAUGCGGGAGGCGAAGCUGGAGCUCGAUGGUGUGCAAUCUAUCGCUGGAGUCAGCGCGUGCGGGAAGGGCGAGCAGUGGCAGCGCGGCCUGGCACUGCUGAGCGAGAUGCGGAUGGCGAAGUUGGAGCCCAACGUCUUCUUCAGCUACCGCGGUGGGAUCAGCGCGUGCGAAAGAGGCAAGCAGUGGCAGAGGGCACUGUCGCUGCUGCGUGAGAUGCGGGAGGCGAAGGUGGAGCCCGACAUCUUUUGCUAUCCACGCUGGGAUCAGUGCUUGCGAGAAGGGCGAGCAGUGGCAGACGGCACUGGCGCUGCUGAGCGAAGUGUCGGAGGCGAAGCUGGAGCCCACAGAGAUUCAGCUACAGCGCUGCGGUCAGCGCGUGCGGGAAGGGCGAGCAGUGGCAGAAGGCACUAUCGCUGCUGA